AUGACCAUCACACUUUUAAGGAAUUGGCUACUGUGGGAUUUCAUUUCUCAGUGCAAUCACUCAACUGAUUCAAAUAAGUUGAAGGUGGCUGUGAAAACUUCCCCUCACAAUGGGAAACUGCCAGUCGCACCUUUAUUUAAGAAUGGAUUGGAGUGUGACCCUUGCAACUUUUGCCCUAUAUCUGUCCUCCUGGCCAGUUCUGCCUAGUUUUCUCAUGGACACACUCUCAAAUGAUCACAUUUUUAUAAAUAACAACUGUCAUGCCCGCAAUACUCGCUAUGCCAAUGUAAAUAUGUUAUGUCUCUAAGUACUGCAGAGAAACCAAGCGCAGACGAACUUUUUCAGUAACUGCGGCAAGGAUAUAAAAGUUCGUGCAAAUUUUCCUAAAAUUAUACUGAUAUGAUAGUUGAGUGAAUACCAGUAAAGAAGGUAUUUACUGUAUUCCCAUUCAGAUAACAAGCUAUAGAACCCAGCUGAGAACUAUCUGAUAUGCUAAAUGGCAUCAAAACAAUUUUAAGAGAGCUUACAUUUUCAUUCUAUGUGAUCGUAAUUUGGUUGUAUUUCUGUUUCUUUUCCAAGGUUACAGAUUGGUUCAACAAUCAUUUAAGGGAGCAAAGGAUGGGGUUUUACAAGCCUGGCCAAUGCUGUGGUGAGCCACAUGCUGUUUCCAUCUCAAAACAACUAGAUGCAAAAAACCUAUGAAUGUUUGCACCUUUCAUUCGACAGUCGCAAAUGUUUGUCUAGGGAUGUAAUGGGAUCUCAUACAAAAGUGCCCACCAAUAAUAUUAGAUUACCGCCUAGAAUGUCUCCAGGCCAUUGGCGACAACAUCCCCACACUCGCCAGUCAUGGAAUGAAAUUUAUUGAAAGCCUUAUUCCAAAAGCAUAGAAUUUGGAGGUUUAUGCAAUAAGUGAUCUUCCCUGCACACAAGCUUACUCACAUUUCUUAGAGGUACAGUCAAAGUUUUCUUGUUAUAAAAGCCAUGGCAAGGCUUUUCUGGCAAUUCAUGUUACUGGCGCUUAAGAAAGUUAUGGCCUAUCAGAUUGACCACAACUGAAUUGUAGCAUUACUGCCGCUUCUUCGUAGCAUUUGAAAGUUGGCAACUUCACUACAAAACUGCUGCUGAGAGCUUCAAAGGCUGCACAGCACUUUUGCAUCCCGCUGUAACUUGAAUUAAGCUGCUUUCUGGCUUCUAAAAUGCUGCUAAACAGCUUUAACUUAGCGGUACUGCUAUUUUGAAGCAAUUUUGUGGUGCUGUACAGCACUGCAAGUUUCGUAGGGGCUGUUUUGUUGUUAAUAGAAAUCGAUAAAAGUCAAUUGAAAUUGCUUACCUCUCCUUAGAUCAUUGUGAUUAUUAUUUUUUAUUGACAAAUGUAACUUGUCAAAUGACAAUUAUCGAGCAUUAUCGUCUUGCUUUCUGAUGAUCGAUUUCUGUCGACAUGUAACGUCCUGUUGUAUUGUACUAUUAAUUUGGGCCUUUAGAUUUAUAAUAGUCCUUACGGAAACGCAGAAAAAAGAGUGGAAGAUGUUCAGGAGGAUAUUGACAAUGCCAACCUGGAAGAAGGCCAUUUUGUAGUUUUGUCUAACUACAAAAAGCGGCCUGUAAUUGGAAAAGUCCUGGAAUUC